AUGCAUUUCGAAUACCAUCAACCUGGAGAACUUUUGACACCAACCAUCAACGAUGGCCAUGUCAAUAGUAUCAAUCCUAUAAAUCCUAUCUUAACAUCAAAUGAUUUAUUUUCAUUUGAUGAUAAUGAUAUUUGUUUUUCUUCAUUUCCACCGAAGAAAAAUGAAUAUCAAUUACCAAUGAAAGACAAUAUGAAUGAAAAUAGUGAUAAUAAUGAACAACAAUAUGAUUUAUUUUCAACAUUUGAACUUCCUGUUUUAAGCGAACUUGAUAAAGCAGAACUAGCAAUGGAUUUUUUACAACUUGAUAGAUACACGAGUCAUUCAUCACUUCCGUCGCCACAAACGGAUGUUCUUAAUUCGCCAAUAUCUGAUGAUUCAACAUUUCCAUGGAUUGGUGAAGAAUGUACAGUUGAAUCUGAAAAAACAGAUGAUAUGACUGUACCACCAUCACCAUCCAUAUCAUCAGAAAGUUUAUCUCCUGGAAUCUCAAGAAAAAAAUCAACAAAGAAAACAAAUUUAUCAACGACGGAACGUAAAUUAAGAAAGAAAGAUCAAAAUAAAUCAGCAGCUGAAAAAUAUCGUAAAAAGAAACAGGCAGAACGAAAUGAAUUAUUGAGUCGACAUUUAGAUUUAAAAAAUCAAAAUAAAGAAUUGAAGUUUGAACUCGAGAAUUUAACAUUUCGUCUUGAAAACUUCAAACAAUUAUUUGCUGAGGUACUUCAAAUACAAAUUCCAUCAAAUUAA